AUGGACCAAUCAUCCGCCAAGCGGACGGCCGCCGACGAGCUGAGCUCUUCUCGUAGCGUGGCCAUCUUCAUAGUGGCUAUUGUCUUCACUCUCACCUCCACAACGUCGGUGGUUCUUCGAAUCGUCGCCAAGCAUAUGAAUCGCACAAAGCUGCUGGCAGAAGACUAUGUAAUUUUCGUGGCACAGGCUCUUCUCUACGGCAUGGGUGUUGCUGUCAUGCUUGAGAUUUUCCUCGGAUCCGCCGGUCAUCACGCCAAUGAAAUCCCGCCGUCUCAUGUCACCAAUUUCCUCAAGGUUCUCGUGGCAAUGCAGGCAUUCUACGGAUCAACUCUAAGUCUGAUCAAAACAUCCAUUUGCCUGUUCUACAGCCGCAUCUUUUUCGUGCGCACUUUCCGCAUCGCCGCGUGGGUCACCAUUGGCUUCAUCCUGUCAUGGGGGGUCAUGGUCAUUCUGACUGCGUUCCUGCUUUGCACGCCGCUAGCCUUUAACUGGGACCAGACAAUCCCAGGCGGCCGCUGUGCCAACCAAAAAGCAACUUUUCUUGCUGUCGGCACUCUAGAUCUCAUAACGGACGUCUGCGUCUUUGUUCUACCAUUACCCAUGAUCUACAAGCUGAAAGUCAGCAAAGGCAACCGCGUGGCGCUUUUUGGCAUCUUCGGGCUGGGCAUUCUCACCAUGAUCAUCAGCAUCCUCCGCAUCCAAAGUCUUAUGGAAACCGACUACACGGACAUCACCUACUCCGCUGCUUACCCUCUUAUGUGGAGUUUUCUCGAGCCAGCCCUGGGUAUUACGGUGGCUUGCGGCCCUCUACUUGGGCCCCUCGUGCGCCGAUUCCGGUACUUCCGGCAAGUCUCCAAGGUUCGCCGACUCGAGGCCAGCGAGGAAACCAUGCCAUUUGGACGCACGACCGAUACGGACCCGGGGACCAGUCGCAAAGCAGGCCAGAUUACCGUGCAGACGCAAUGGGAGAUGAAUGAGAUGCGAGUGUCAGGCGCGACAUGA